AUGGCAGAAAGUAAAACUCCUGAAAAUCCGGAGCGUCGCAUCAAAGGCUUCAAAGAUGCGGUUGGCUGGGCGAUGUUCGACGUUCGUUCCCAACGUUUGGUUGAAAGUUUCGCAAAAAAGCGGGAAGUUGUCCCCGACGUCAUCAACGAGGAAUAUGACGAAGACAAGAAAGGAAUUGAAAAAAGGCUUGAGGAAAGUGACAAAACUCUGUCGGAAUUGCUGCGGGAUGGCACCGAACUCAUCACGAAUAUCCGAAUUGCGAAUGACAAACGCGAAGUUGAUCGACGGAUCAAAGAAGCUGAGCUCCGGGAAGAACUUUUGGAAAAACUUCAGAACGAAUCGACGGAAGCUCGUAAGAAACUCGAAGCAAUCACGAUUCGUUGGAGCGAAAUUGAGUCAAUAAAAGACCCGAUGGGCACUUACGAGGCUCUGGAGAUGCAAAAAGAGCGAAUUCACGAGUUAAUGGACCAAAAAGACGCGAUAAUUCUCGAAUGUCAAAAGGAACUCGAUGCUGCCGAUGUUCGUUACGUUCAAGAUCAGGACAAACAAAAUUCCGACAUUCAAUGUCUCGUCGAACGAAUCGACAACCAAAUCGAAGUCAUGAAACGCGCCUACAAGGAACACUUGGAACUCCUCGAAGAAACCAUCACGCACGAACGAAACGAGCUCCGGAAACACGCCUGCCGCAAAUGGGACGACAUGUACAUGAAUCGCGCCAGCAACGAAGAACUCAAACUGCGCAAAGAAAAGGACAAACGCGAAAUUCAAGCGGAAGAAAUCGCCGAUUUGCAACUCGAACACGAAGAAAUCACCCGAGCGACACGAAUCCGUCUCGAACUUGACAACCAAGCACUUGAAAUUGAACUUCAAAAGACCAAAGCGAACGUUUUGCUCAACUCCGAGAAGCUCGAUUACAAUUAUCAAGUCCUGCGAAAGCGCGAAGAUGAAAAUAUCAUCAUUCGAAACCAACAGAAACGACGCUUGGGACGCCUUUACGAGACAAUUGCGAACUUGAGGCGCAAAAUUCGCGAGAAAACUGCCACGAGUAAUCAUGAAAUAGAGAAAUUGACGUCAGAAGUUGUGAAAUUGCACGCGGGAAUUGUGGAUUUGGAGAAGAAGGCGAGUCUUUUUACCGAAGCGAAUGAUAAAAAGUAUCAGAAUGUGUGGCAAAUGAAUUAUGAGGAAUGUCUCGCGAUGUUGGAUAAAGUGCUGCAAAUUGAUAAAACGUUGACGGAACAACAGUUGGGGAUGGAAUGGCAUGAACCGGAUUUGGAUCUGUUGGCAAUCGAUGAUUUGCCGUCGUAUAAAGAGGCGAUAAAUAAAAUUAAAGAUGAAAUGGAAAAUCCAACUGAAACGAAGACAAUUACGGUAGUAACACGUCGUCAAAGCGUAAUAAACGAAAACACUCAAAAACUUUUGAAGCAAAUUCUCAAAAAAAUCUCUGACAAAACCGAAUUUCUCGUCGAAGAAAAACUUUUGGAGCUCCUAAAGCCUUACACGGAAGAAGAAAAGCAUCUUGUGUGCUUGGAUAACGUCUUCAACGCCCUCGGCAUACAAAAAGUAGACGAUAUCAGUUCAUUAAAGAACUAUUUUCUGCCUUAUGCGAUUUGUCAAGAAUGCACAAAUGUCGCUGAGACUCCGAGAAAUUCCUCUCGCUUGAGCAGCUUAAUUGAAGAAGACGAAAAUUCUUCAGUUGAAGCAGAACACGAACUCCAAAUCGUUCGUUAUGACGAAAAUCAAGCUUCCGCUGCUGAAUCUACUCACUUGGAAAUCCCGGAAGAUCAAAAGGACCCGAAAUUAGCAAAACUCAAUCAAUGCAUUUACAGCAACCAUACAAUUGUGAUCGACUCCACGCAUGUUCUUGAAGCGCUGAAGGAAUUUGCACAAGAACAUAUCACAGCAGGAGAUGAACUUACGACGACAACGACGACAAUGGAAGAUAAAAUUGCCAAAGUUCGAAGCACCGUGUCGCGACUUUUGUCUCAAAAUGACGUUCAAGCGUUUUGGAAGCGAUUUGAGAAUAUUUUUACGCCGGAAAAGGAAAAAGUUUGGCAAAGCUUGGAAUACGGAUUGUCCCAAUAUUUGAAAGUUUUGAAGGAAAGAGAAGAACUCGACAACGAAUGUGAAUUUCUGAGGAACCAAAAUGCCGAGUUGAAACAUCUUUUGCAGAAAUUUGUGCCGGAUGCGAAUAAUUAA